CUAUCACCCACUCAAAAACCCCAACUCCCAAUUCACCACCAACCAACAUGAACUCUUCAGUUGACAAGGAUAACUCUCCGGAGGAUGGAUUUGAAGAGGUUGUCAGCAAAAACAAGAAGAACGCAACCGUAAUGGCUACUCUGGUUUCCAAAAAGGCAAAUAAGAUUGGAAUCUGCUUCACCAGAGUUGGCGACAAUAACUCAUCUGCCUUCACCCAAGAGGAACUCAACAAAAUCAUCAAGUUGGUAGGAGAAGUGGACAAUACUGCUGUGCUUAUGCCAUUCAACUGCAACAUCAACCAGGCCAUCUCGAUCAGAAAAGCCGCCACUGGAGAUUGGGUUGCAUUCGGAGAUAUAAAAAACACCCGCUGGGGAACCGACAUGCAAAACCAGUUCAAGGCUCACUUCACCAUUUGGAUUGCCUCAGACAGCAUUGGCAGAAAUCUCAGGACACUCAAAGAGCAUCUUCCUCUGUCAGGAUACCUCAAAACGGUCAACAUUCAGAUGAGACCUCACAAUCUACGAGAAAGUGUUAGUAAGUCGGUAGGCUUCCUUUUGGGUGCUAACCCAGAGAAAACUUACCGCAUUGGAGUUACUGCUGACAUGGAAGCACAUUUGAAGACCCACAAAGUGCCACCUUUCAAUGUUCAACGCACAACUGUACGCUGUGGAACCACCAGGUCUGACACAUUGUCCAUGUUUGUUGGUGAGAAAGACUUAAACAGAGUAACAGAGAUUCUCAAGAAACAUCCCUUCAAAGGACCCCAGAUCAUCUUCAGUGAUACCAAAUCCAACAAGGAAGACUUCGAGAAAAACCUUAAGGUCAACAAUGAAAUCAAGAAAAGGUGUGGAGCGGUGAAAGUGAUUGGAGCAAAUGGUGACAUCAUUGAAGCACUGAAAACCGUGGCAGAACAAAACAAAGCACUCAACAUCAUCCACAUCUCGACCACAAGCCACACCAAGGACACUGGAACAAUCUAUGUCGUAUGUCUCAUGGACAAAAAGGAUGAAGUGCAUCAAUUCAUACAGCAGUCAAUCCAAAAUCAUUGCACUAACAAUCCCGACAUCCAAGCACCAAUCAUCGUUCCCCUUAGUCGGGAUGAUCGCACCGUGCAGACCCAACAAACCAGAGCAACAAAAGCAACCACAAUCACCAAAUUCGACUUUCUUCUGUCAUCAGCAGUUUCAGAUCAAACCCAACAAAACCCCAUGAACACCACACGCCCCUCCAUUCCGACAGCUAUAGUAGCCACCAACAGUUAUGCUGCGAUUGUAGCUGGAGCCAAAUCCAAUCAAUCCGACAAUGAAUCACAGAGCAACCAUGAAG